AUGGCUUUGGUUGCGGUAGAAGAACCGCAGACGCCGCCUCGCAGAGUGGCGGUCAGGCCCAGAAGGGAUGUUGAUUUAUCAGGCCUUUGGGAGGCCUGGGAAGAAAACCGUGGGAUCCGCAAGUUUUCCAGGAAGAAGGGAAGCUUGUUGGAGUGGGAGAAUCCUUCCAAGGUCGGAAAAAUCAAUAAGAGGUCUCUCAUGCUGAACCACAAAGUUCUCCUGGCUUUGAUAGAAGUGUACUGUCCUAACAACGAGUCGCAGAAGACCGUGCCUGUCCAGAACCUGAAGGAGCAAGUUACACGAUACUUUGAGGAGAUCGAGGUCACCCCUAAGCCCGGCAUGAUCCAUUGCACCAGUCACAGCUUGAAGAUGUUCAUGAGUUACAUCAAUCGGCGACACGACGGGUCCAAGAGGAAGGAUCAUCGCCUCAAGGCCAUCUUCGCUGCAGUCGCCAAGUAUUGGCCGCCCAAGGUUCGCAGCCGCCGGUCCUUGGCUGUUGCAGAUGAGGAGGAACAGGAAGGUGAGGCAGAGGAGGAAGGAGAGGAACAGGAGGAAGGAGAGGAACAGGAGGAAGGUGAGGAACAGCAGGAAGGCGAGGAGCAGGAAGAAGAGGAAGACACUUUGACAGAGCCCGAGGACGAGGAUGGACAGCCUUGCGAGGUUGAUGACUACCUCGCUCAGAGCAUGGGCCUGGUUUCUGGAUCCCCCCAGCCACCUUCGGCAUACGUGGGGACAGUAGCCUACGAGCUAGAUGCUGAUACGGCACGGGUUGUGCCUUACGAGGCAGGAGUUCCUGCUGAAGGCAUCGACCUCGUUAGAGAGCUGGCCGAACUGGAGCAUCUCGCUUCACAUGAUGACUCAGCAGUCUAG